AUGGCCCCCUCCCAGCUCCCCCCGGUUUUCAACCCUACCUCGCAGGACAUUGAGAUGCUCCUUGCUGCUCAGUGCCACCUUGGUUCCAAGAACCUUCAGGUGCACAUGGAGCCCUACCUCUGGAAGCUCCGCCCCGAUGGUGUCAACGUCCUGAACAUUGGCAAGACCUGGGAGAAGAUCGUCUUGGCUGCCCGUAUCAUCGCCGCCAUUGACAACCCCGCCGAUGUCUGUGUCAUCUCCGCUCGUCCUUACGGUCAGCGUGCCGUCCUGAAGUUCGCCUCCCACACCGGUGCCACCGCCAUUGCCGGUCGUUUCACCCCCGGUAACUUCACCAACUACAUCACCCGCUCUUUCAAGGAGCCCCGCCUGAUCAUCGUCACCGACCCUCGCACCGACGCCCAGGCCAUCAAGGAGGCCAGCUACGUCAACAUCCCCGUCAUUGCCCUUUGCGACACUGACUCCCCCACCGACUUUGUCGACGUUGCCAUCCCCACCAACAACAAGGGUCGCCACGCCAUCGGUCUCGUCUGGUGGAUGCUUGCCCGUGAGGUCCUCCGUCUCCGCGGUACUCUCGCUACCCGCGAGACCGAGUGGGACACCGUUGUCGAUCUGUACUUCUACCGCGACCCCGAGGCCGAGGAGAACAAGGAGAUCGCCGAUGAGACCAAGGUUCCCGGUGCUGAGGAGAUCGGUGCCGGUGCCGUUGAGUCUGGCUUCGCCGGUGAGAACUGGGACGCCUCCGCCCCCGGUGCCGGUAACCCUGGUACUGCCUUCGCCGCUGCCAGCGCUGCCACUGCCGCUGCUGGUGCCACCAGCUGGGAGGCUGACGGUGGUGACUGGGCCACCAGCACUGCCGCCCCUACCGGUGAGUGGGCUGAGGCUCAGCCCGCCUCCGGUGAGGCCAAGUGGUAA